CGCGGUCCCGGUGUGAGGGGGACGAGGUGUCCGCCAUUACCGGCCCCCUCAGGCUCUCCUCACCCGCUCCUUCAGGACAUCGGGCGCCGCCAGCACCGCGGGUUGUCCGAAAGUUAUCGAGGGGAACGAGGGGAGGGAGCCGCGGGGACCCGGGCGGCCCCGUCCCGGGCGCGGGGAUGAGCGCGGCGCUGCCGAAGGUACCCAGGGACCACCAUGUCACUGCCUUGCGGGACCAUCCCUAGUCCUCCCUGUCCCUCUGCUGACAUUGGUGCUGUGCUUGAAGAAGAGAGCAUUGCUAAAGCAAGUGUUUGCACUCAGCAGAGCAGCAACACCCAGAGAAAGCCAUCUGUGUGCUGCAGGUAAGGCCUCUCACUAAUCCAUUGCAAGGCAAAGCCUCCUUUACCCCAGGUGAUGCACUCCUGAGUUGCCACAGACACUACAGAUCCCGUCCUACACAUGGCAUUGGGAGGUUCAAAUACCUGCUCCCCAAAGAGGCUCCAAAGAGGAAGAAGGACAGAGUACAGAUGAAAGAGAUAAAUGCUGGGACAGAUUAUGAGUAUGGAGAUAUCAACAUCCAGAUGACUUCCUAUGAUAUGUGUCUCGUGGAGCAUUUUGCUCAGUACGUGCAUAAACUCUGCAACAGACUCUCCAUUAGAGUCAAUGAAAGGGAUGCUGCAAGCUUCUCCUUAUCUCUUUCCAGUAAAGCACCCGCCUUCUGCCAGUGCUUGAGUUGCAAGGAAUCUCCCUCCCUGGCCAAAGCACUGACCUGUGGUUCCUGCAGCUACGCGAUGCCCACCAAAACCAAUGAAGUGCUGUUCUUGGAAGAGAGAGGUUCCAAACUGCAGCUGGAUGCUGUCCUCACAACCCAUCAGAGGGUUGUCCAGAUCAGCCAUUUGAGUUCAACGUUUGCUCCGAUCCUCUUGGAAAUCAUUCAGAGUAACCAGCCUGAAGGGGUCCAUCUGUUAGUGAAAGAGCACACAGAAGCUGACUUCAAGAGCCGGUUGAAGGCUCGACCAGAACUUGAAGAGCUGAAGGCACAGAUGAACUGAUGUGAAGAUGAACUCUCCAUCCAUUUUGGAGCUGCCCCUGGGGAAAUUACCUUCUCCCUUCAGAAGGUGACUUCAUGAGCACUGUGCCAAUAAUGUGGUGAAUGGGAAGAAAAUUCCCUGUUAAGGAGCUUGUCUUAAUAAAAACAUGUGUUUAUCUGA